AUGCUCUUCACUGGCACCGUCACCGAUUUUCGCCUCCCCGGCGAUACGACGCCGAUCACGGAGAUUUUCAUCAGCCCGCUUCACACAGGUAGCGAGCGCACGGGCUUUGUCUCGACACCCCCCUGGCGCUCCUUGUCCAAGUCAGCCGCUUUGGCCGCAGCCGCCAGCGAUGCCUUCAUCAUCGGUAUGCUGGAUCGAGCUCGGUACCGCUUUUGGCUCGAAUUCUUGAACCUGCGGAUGGGUGACUACAUCCUCUUUCAUGGGCGGCCGUCGCCCCUACUGACGCGCAUCAGUCAGUACAGAUGCUUGACGGAUAAGCCCUUCUUCUUGUACGGCCUCAUACCGAUUUGCUUGCAAACCUUUGGCCUGGCAACUUGCCUAUAA